AAUGUGGAGGACUGAACUGCAAAUAUGUUUGUGACAUAUAAAAACCCUUUUACUGCCGAUUUUUCGAUCUUCACUCUAGGGUUUAGUACAGCGUCUCCGCACACCAGCUUAUCAGCUAGCCGCCACCAUGGGACGUAUGCACAGCAGAGGUAAGGGUAUUUCAGCGUCGGCACUUCCGUACAAGAGGACGCCCCCGAGCUGGCUCAAAAUCUCUUCCCAGGAUGUUGAAGAAAACAUUUGUAAGUUUGCCAAAAAGGGUUUGACACCAUCUCAAAUUGGUGUUAUUCUUCGUGAUUCUCAUGGCAUUGCCCAGGUGAAGAGUGUCACUGGCAGCAAGAUCUUGAGGAUUCUCAAGGGACAUGGGCUUGCUCCUGAGAUUCCUGAGGAUUUGUACCACCUCAUUAAGAAAGCUGUUGCCAUCAGAAAGCAUCUAGAGAGGAACAGGAAGGACAAAGAUUCCAAGUUCAGGCUCAUUCUUGUUGAGAGCAGAAUCCACAGACUUGCUCGCUACUAUAAAAAGACCAAGAAGCUUCCACCUGUCUGGAAGUAUGAAUCUACCACCGCCAGCACUCUCGUUGCCUAGAAGAAAGAAUUUAACGGGGACUGAGGAUUUGUUAAUCAAGUCAUAUCUCAUUAUAGAAGUCCUAUAAUAGAUUCUCUGUAUCCAAGACACUUUUCCUUAUUUGUUGUUGAGGCAUAUUUUGAUAUUGGACGACAUUUUCUUUGAUUUGUGAAAGAUGACUUAAAUUUA